CGGCUGCGUAAGACGCCGCGGCCACCAGACGGCACAGUGCAGUGCAGGCUGAGACAAGACGACGUUGCGCUUUGCGUUGCCUGCGGGCGUGGAUGUAUAUUAGGCUGGGAGCGAUCCCACUCGCAUGUAUAUAGCGCCUCAGCUAGUCCUGGCUUUGUUACCUUCUUCCCCUGUGCAUGCUUCUUUGUUGUCCAGCGUACAGUCCGUGGCAUAGUUCAGGCGUCCUUUCUUUGUUUCUUAGCUUGUUCUGGAGAAACACUCCAGAUAUCGUAUACUGCUAGCACAGCGUAAUCCCCGCCGGUCCGCACACGAUGCUCGACGCACUCCCGUCGCCGACGCGCUCGCUCGACGACCUAAGCAGGGAGGAACGCGCCUUUACGUUUGCCCACUUCACGUGCGAGCACGCCUGGGUCAUUGGCAACAUCUUGCGCAACGCCCUGCGCACCGCCGACUGCCCCGCCAUCAUCCACAUUUCGCUGUCGUCCUCGCAGACGCUCUUCCAUUCGCCGUCGAUGCCCGGCUGCAUGCCCGACGACGAGGCCCAGACACGCCGCAAAGCUGCGACCGUUCUGAGGUGGGGCCACUCGACGUGGUACCUGCAUUGCAAGUUCAACGGAGACGAGAAGCGGUUCAGCGAGAGCUAUGGGCUCACUGUCGACGAGAAGGCGAGGUACAGCUUGGAAGGAGGUGGGUACCCCAUCUUCGUGAAGGGGCUGGAGGGCGUGGCUGGAUCAGUGGUGCUCUCGGGCAUAGAUGGCGAACAAGCGCAUAUGGUGCUCUUGAAGGCACUCGAGGAGUACCGCGAGCUGAGGAACGACUUCCGCAGUCCAAUGAGAAGCAUGACUGUCAAGUGACUGCAUGGCAGUGGUCAAGAGGAGGGCAAGGUAGGCUUGGGCAUCCAGGCGCCGGUGCAGCCGCCCAGGAGCAGGAACAGAAGCGCCAGCGGGAACGUCCUUAAUGGAAUUGCCGAGAGACUAUUCACGGUAGCGGCAAGGUUGGAUGAGAACGAUGACAAGGAUCGGGGGCGGAAAGAGCACAAACAGCGGUGGAAGACAUGAACACGGGGAACGACUCAGCAUUUAAAUCAUGGAUUGGAAUGUCUGCACGGGACGGAACCCCAGGCGUCCGUCGAUUGCAUCAAAGGCGAUC